AUGGGAGAAGAUGAAAAGAUUGGAGGUCUGUCUGUGUACAUUCAAGGAUAUGAGGAUUUUGCUUUCUGUGUUAACUCAUGUGGUCUAUUUGAUAUAAAUUUUUCUAGUAGUCCGUUUACUUGGUGGAAUGGAAGAGUUGAUGAAGAAUGUAUUUUCAAAAGGGCAGAUUUUAAGGAGGUGGUUAAGGCUAGCUGGAGUGGAGACUACUCUAAUGAUGAUUUCUUACAAUGGAAGUUGAAGUUGAAGAAGACAAAACUGGCUCUGUCUAAAUGGAGUAGGGAGCAGUUUGGAGACAUUUUCAAACAACUUCUGAUCAGAGAGGAAAUAGUUAAGUUGAAAGAAGAAUUAUUUGAACAAGAUCCUUCCAUAACUAAUAGAGUUGUGCUACAACAAGCUUAUGCUAAAUACAAAUUCUACCUACAUUAUGAGGAGGAGUUUUGGAGGCAAAAGGCAAGCAUCCACUGGUUCUCGGAGGGGGAUAAAAAUACCAAAUUUUUUCAUGGCUUGGUAAGAGGAAGGAGGAGAAGAUUAAAUGUACAGAGAAUUAUGAAGGCAGAUGGCCAAUGGGUAGAAAGAGAUAAUGAAGUGGCGGCUGAAGCUUUGAGUUUCUUCCAGAAUCAAUUUGCUGGAUGUAAUUUAGAUAAUAAUUUUUCUUUAUUACAGAAUAUUCAACCACUGGUGACUUCAGAGGACAAUGAAUUGUUGAUUGCAAUUCCUGAAGAAACUGAAAUUAAAAGGGUGGUCUGUUGGGAUAUUGUUGGGGCUGAUAUUGUGGGUAUUGUGCAAGCUUUCUUUCUGGAGAAUACCCUUCCCAAAUCCAUUACUCACACUAAUUUGGAAAUUAUUACAGAUAUAAGAAAGAGGGGAAAACCAGCAAAUAUUGUGAUAAAAUUAGACAUGACUAAGGCUUAUGAUAGGGUGAAUUGGAGUUUCUUAGUGAAAGUGUUGGAACACAUGGGCUUUAACACAGUGUUGGUUGACAUGAUUUGGAGAUUGAUUGCCAACAACUGGUACUCUGUACUAAUUAAUGGGCAAACAUAUGAUUUCUUUCACUCUACCAGAGGGGUGAAGCAGGGGGAUCUUUUAUCCCCUGCAUUAUUUAUCAUCACAGCAGAGGUGCUCUCAAGAGCCCUAAACCAAUUGUUCCUGAACACUGAUUUUAGAGGAUAUGUGAUGCCAAAGUGGAGUGAGAAGCUAAAUCAUCUCGUUUAUGCAGAUGAUACCAUCAUAUUUGCUGCUACAGAUAGGAAAUCAAUUGCUCUUAUCAUGAAUACCCUGAAAGAUUAUGAAAAUCAAUCAGGGCAAAAGGUCAAUAAGGAAAAAAGUCACCUCUACAUGUUCAGUAAGGCCAGUAAUGCUCUUAUAAGAGAAAUGAAGGAAGUUACUAAUUUUGUGAGAGGGGCUAUUGGAAUGCAAGGUCCAUUCAUUCAGCUGGAACAAGCUAUCUAUAAGUGGUGGGAAGAAGAUUGUGCAACUAAGUUGAAACCUUUGUGUAGGGCAGUACCAAGUUUUAUCAUCUGGCUGAAGUAA